CCCGUUUACAGACGAGAUCACACUUGCCAUGCUAAGAAAAUGGCGGAUAGACGUCGGAGAAGGCGAAGAGAAGAUGGAGGAGAAGAUGAAGGCGGGGCGGCCGAUACCCUGAAAGAGGGUUCUACCAAAACUAGAGCUUCUGAAUGUGAAAGUGAAGGAGAAGGCAAUGGAGGAGAUGUGCUUUCUGAGAAUGGGAGUGCAUCAGAAAAGAAAGUAAAAGAGGAUGAAGAGGAUAGUGAAGAAGAAUCGGACUCAUCAGAAGAGACAGAUUCAGAUUCAGAUGAUGACGAUGAUGAUGAAGAGGAAGAUGAUGAUGAAGAAGCAUAUGACGAUGAUGUCAUCAUAGAGGAUGAUGGCAGCUGGGUAGAAGAAGAGAGGCAAAGUGGUGAUGGAGAGGAACAGCAAGAGGAUGGUAAGAAUCUUGAUGAUGAUGAAGACCGGAAGAAUCCUGCUUACAUCCCUCGAAAAGGGGCCUUCUAUGAGCACGAUACUCGCAUGCAUGGAGGUGGGGAGACCCAGCAGAAGGAAGAGGAAGACGAUCAAAGACCAAAGAAGAAGUUAUGGAAGGAUGAGGAAAAAUGGCUGCAUGAUCGUUAUCGGGAUGACCAGCAAGCACCAAAGUCUCGAGAAGAGCUGAUAGCCAUCUAUGGUUAUGAUAUUCGUGCCUAUGAUAAGCCACCUGACAGUGCUCCUAAACGAGGAAUGGGAAAGAGAGGAGGCCGACGAGGACAAAGGAGACUUGGGGACUUUGUCCCAAGUCAACGAAUGAAAACAGAGCUAGAUAACAGGACCUCAUACAGUGAUCUUGCCAAUGAGAAUGAUAUGCGGUCACCGCGAGAAUACAGGACUGAAAUCCGAACAGGCCCUGACUACAGGAAUCAAGAUAAUCGCUCUCAGUAUGAAACAAGAGCCAAAAAUUACCACAACCAGUCACAAGAUUAUCGUAAUCAAGCCCCAGAUGGCAGAUCCCAGGAUUAUCGCCUGGAACAUCGAUCCCAGGAUUACAGAAAUCAGGACUAUGGGAGUAGGUCUAGUCAAGAUUAUAGAGUGUCUCCUGAAAAAUCACAGGAUUACAGAAACCAAGCGGACUCACGAUCUGGCUACAGGGGACAUUCUGAUUACAACAAUCAAUACCAAUCAGAUUACGUACAGAGGAAUAAUAUGGAUAAUUCUCGGGGAAGAGGGCGUGGUCGUGGAGGAAGAGGCAGGGGCAAUAGAGGCAGAUAUUCUGACUCCCCAGAAACAUCAUUUGCUCCAAGUCGGCCCCGCCAGUCCACAUCACCUAGAGAGUUUACAAACACUACGUUGAAAAACCCUGGACAGGAUGCAGAUCAAGACCCUCAAGUAGAACGUGAAUCAGACUCUUCUGAAAUUAAGGAGAAGUCUCAGAGUCAGGAUGUUAUCAUCUCCAACAAAGAAAAUGUUCAAACUAUAAGUGUGACGAUUACAAACACUACCACGGAGAAGAAAUCCUAUUCUAAGGAUCGCCGCAGUAAAGUUGUAGGUCGAACGAGGGUGCAGGACACAGUGGUUAAUGCUAUUGACCCCAAUGUUGGAUCUAUGGCCAUCGAAAGUCCUGCAAAGGCCCCACCAGAGGAAAACAAUGGUCGAGCAGCAGCCCAGCAAAGUGGUUCCAGUAAAAUAGCUGACAAACAGCAGUUCCCCCCACGCCUUCAGAACACAGCUGCUAAACCAGACAUGGCGCAGCAGAGUCGACCUAAACGUUACUCCUCUCAGCGGCAGAGGAACAUCCCUGAUGUCAACUACUCAGAUCAGGUGUCUGUAGACAGUGGAACAUAUUACAAUCCUGCUGCCCCAGCCUACACUCCACCUAUGUACCGCCCUGAGCAGUCUGUUGCACAACCACCACAGCCAUCACCUCCACGUCUCCCUCAGCCUCAGCCCCAAGACACAGCUGGCUUCCAGACAACAAUACUACAGCCUCCCAUGGGCUUUCCACUACCAGUGUCUACAGCGGGUCUGCCAAAUGUCCCCCCACGGUUGUAUGCCCCAGGCCCUGCCCCAGCCGUCACCAUGACUGCACCCUCUGCCAUCAUACAGCCACAGUUCCUGGGGACAGGUGUUCCUGGAGUGCCACAGGUUGUGUAUGGGGCUCCCCCAGGACCAUACCCAAUGACAGUUGGAUUCCCAUCACCUCCGCCUCCCCCUCCACAGCAGGGUGCAGCUGCUCCUGCUCCUCCAAGCAACACAGGGCAGGAAUUGUUCAGAGGUGGCACCACUUACUAUGCCCCAGAGUUGCAGCAGCCAAGUCCUAACAGAUCACCGCAGAAGAGACCUAAGGCUGCCAUACCUAUAGUAAACCCUAUUGAGCACAAGAAGAAUGGAAGGACUGCUUAUGAGAGGGAAGAGUCAUCACGGGCUGGUCAUCCAGUUGUUGGUGCUGAAAUGGACAGGGAAGGGGAGACAAAUUUAUCUCCAGUUCCUGACAGUAGUGAUGGUGAUGGAGAUCCUGGCCUGACAGCAUACUCUCAACAGGCCGAGUUACCUCCCUAUGAGAGUGCUACAUACAAAGCCUCACAAGAACACAGUGCUAGCAAUAACCAACAGAGCGAUUCAUUUGUGCAAUCAACUGACAUUAACAUCAGUGAUGCAAAUUCUGAACCAGAUCAGAAUAUGAUUUCUUCUGAUCACUUAAGUAAAACUACUGAAGACUCGCCUAGAAUCAUGUUCAGUCAUCCUACUGACACUGAUGCCAGUGAAGUUAGUCAACAUUUGGUAGAAACUAAAAGUGAACCUAGAAUACCAGAGGACAAACUUACAGCAAUUGCUCACUCUCAAGAUCAUAUAUUGGAAAGUAGUUCCAGUGUUUCAAAAAGUGUACCAAACGUAGCAGUAGAAAUAACAAGAGACUUGGAACAUGUGUCAUUGAAUGAAACUGACACUUCAAACCCUGCACAGAGCACUGAUGUUAAAGAUGAUGAGAGGAGAAAACCUCAAGUGCAAGAAUUUUGUGUGAGAAAAGAUUUUGAGGUUGCAGAUAUAAAGCCAUCAGUUUCUCAGAUUGAUUCUGCGGUGGAUGCAGGUGGUGACUCAUCUCAGUAUGGAGGCUCAAAGAUGCAGAUGAAGAUUGAGAUGGAAGAAGGUUCAUCAGAAGCAGAUGUCUCAGUUCCUGCCACUGCUGUUGAAGCCAGCAAUUGAAGUGAACGGUGAUCUAGGGUCCCACAGUUGAAUGUUCUACAUGAUUUUUCAAGCUUAUGUUGCAUUUACUGAGAAGCAUUUUGGAUGUUGUUUUGUCUGUAUCGAAAGGAUUUUAAGUGUACUUUAAAGUGUUAUUAAACAUUCUUUGUGAUGGUUUUAUGAAUUCUAACACAUAAGUUGAUUUUGUUCCCAGACUUUUAUUUUUACUUUGAAUAUGAAUAUGAUGCAGCUCAGUAUUUUUCAUUGUCUAAGAGCAUGACAAGAAUUUUGAAUUUGAGGUAUGUUUAGUUGUGUGAGAGGCAUAUCAUAAAUCUGUGCUUAAUGUCCUUGUUUAGCUUUUGCCUCAAUGGUGUUGAGAGAAAUUGCAGUUUUAUCAAGUAUAUUUGGUUCUGUCAGAAAAUAUUUCGACUUUGUUACAACAAUUAACUCGGAAGAGAUAACAUGGAAAGUUUCCAAAUGGAAUUUUGCCAACACCAUGUAUCCUUGUGAAAUUAGUGUAUACCCAUUUUAUUGUGAUAUAUUCCUUGCACCCGUCAGCCACCAUAUCUAUUUUUGGUUAGAUUCAAUGACAGGAUGCUAGAUCAAGACAUCCAUUCUGAUUACACUGGAUUUUUUGGGUGAUUUAAACAAGCAGCGAUAACAUCAGUGCUAGUCUUGUCUGCUGUAAACCUGGAACACCUUGAAGUAAGGGGUCUUCCCUCUACCCAUUGAAAGAAAUCACCAUCUCCAGCUUAACAAUCAUAUACAAAGAAAUAUUGCAUGGUCACUGGGAUGAGGAAAGUUGGAUAUAGAGCUAUGCUGAACCAGUGUACAGGAGUAGUGAUUGGAUUGGUUGAUUAUUUCAAGUUCAUGUGUGAGGGAAUGUCCGUGUUUAGUGGUGGAGCUGAGGAUGUCAAAUUGAAGCUAUAUCAGAGCUACAGAUAACUUUUUGGGUCAUUGACUCAUGUCCUCGCUUCUGUUCAGCUCAAUUGGGUAUCCUAAUUUUCCUUUGAGUAACCAAAUAAAUUGUACUCACCUCACUCA